AUGAGCAGCUUUAAGAAUCGCCUGCCAGCCGUGUCGGCUGCACAGGCGCUUGACGAUCUGAACGAUGAUCCCUCACAAUUCGUGUCAACAGGCCUCGGAAGCCUUGACCGGGCGCUGACAGCCACGCCAGAAAGUCUCCGAGAUCAGCAACAGGAUGGCAGCGGCGACCGUGCCGAAAACCAUGUUGGUAACGGCAGCGGGCCUCCUGGUGCCCCGUCCGGCCUUUGUCGGGGCCAAGUAACCGAGAUUUGGGGUCCUCCCGGCGUAGGGAAGACAGCGAUGGGGAUUCAAAUUGCCGCUUCUGCCUUGUCCGAUGGCCGGGGUGUGGUGUGGCGUUUUGCCCAUGUCGUUGAAGCUGCGCGCAUAAAGGGCAGGCCGGAACAGAUUUUAGGCAGGGGUGCUUCAGAUGGACAAAGAAGGCAGCAGUCUGGACUCGAACGGGAAGAAGAAGAACAUGCUGACGGCGAUGAGGAUGGCGCCCCCGGCGAAAAGGCGGAGCAUGAAACCGAUACCGAAGCCAACGCAUUCGUUCACUACACAUCGCUCCUAAACGAAGCUUUUCCCAAGGCUCCGGAUGGCCGGAAUCUCAAAUCUAGCAAAGCUUCGGGGCUUUCUACGAGGCGGCUACAAACAGUCCAAUACGUGAUUGGUGCUCUGCAAAAGCUGGCGGCCACGCGUAAUUGCGCCGUCGUCUUGCUAUCGCAGUGUGUAACCAAGAUGCAGUCUCAGAAUCGAGGAGCAGCCUUGAUGCCGAGCAUUAGUGCCGGUGUCUGGGAACAGGGCCUCACUACUAGGAUUGCCCUGUUUCGUGACUGGAUGUGGAAGGACGGGAUACCCAUAGAUACACGCUUUGUGGGGAUUCAAAGGCUGGCUGGUAAGGCUAUACCCGGUAGCGGCAUCCAAAAGGUGGCCGCGUUUAGAGUGGAAUCGUUUGGACUGGCCGAGGUUGAGUUUGACGAGGCUGAACAACAGCGCGAGCAGCUCCGAGCCGGCAAUGGCAGGUCUCAGACAAAGCGCAAGCUCGGAGUUACGAGGCAGGAAGUGCCCGACAGUGACGAAGAGUACGGCUGGGACUCGGAUGACAACGCUCACCUACCACCGGAGCCUCCACAAUGGCAGGGGAGUGAAGACCUCAUCAUCGGUACACAGCGGAGCCUAGACGGGGAGGAAACCGAGGGGGAUGGUGACGCCGAGUUGGAGACCGAUGAAGGACCCGAGGAUGGACAGGCGACUACCGAGAAGCGCGGGUACUCGGGGGUCUCGCGCUAG